GAGAAUCAUUGCGUGUUUGUGGUCACAGAGAGUUCAGAUGGUUAUUCGGGAUCAGAUUAAAUUUUAUCCUGAUUGUUUGUUUGGCUUUUUUUUUUAAACUGUAGAAAGUUCGGUAGAAAUGUCGGCCCACAGAGGAACAGAACCAGGUUGAUGGAUAAACUGCGCAAAAUCUGCGCUGCUUCUGUGCGAAACUCUUCCGGGUUUAUUUCAAUGUGACGUCAUCAAGCCGCGACAGCGUCUCGCUUGCGUUUACUAACGUGGCAGUGCGUGAUGGAGCGUUUGUGGAGCAGGAGGACGCCGGCAUUUGUGAGAUCGUUACUGAUGGACAUCUCAGUGAAGGAGGAUGAGCUGGGCAGUGGGACAGAACUAGAACUGAUGAGUGAAGGUGUAAUUUCACUUCCUGUGAGUCCGGCUGCUGAGGACAAGAACGCAUCAUCCUCAUUACAACCUUGUGGGUUGUGUCUCAGUAGCCCGGCACGUUACACUUGUCCUCGCUGUAAUGUCCCCUACUGUGCACUGUCCUGUUACCGUGGUUCAGCUCACACGGUGUGUUCAGAGCAGUUUUAUAAAGACUGUGUGACUCAGGAGCUGAGACGGUGUGGCAGGACGGAGCACGAGGACAAGAUUCGCAUGAGGGACAUCCUGCUGAGGAUGCAGCGGGCAGAAGGGGGGCUGGGCAGAGUCAUGAGAGAGCUGAUGGAGAACAGUGGCGGACAAGUGACUGAGAGGGACACGGAGACGCUAACGCUGCUGUCCAGACUAGCUGAGAUUCAGAUAGACGCAGAGGGAGGACACGAGGAUGAGGUGCAAGAAAUACUGCAGAGACUGGGACAGACAGACAGUGAGGGAGAGGAUGCUGAGGAAGAGGAAGAUGUUGUGAUGAGGCUGUCGGGACUAAAUAUCGAGUCUCUGACUGAAGAUGAGCUGUGGACGCUCCUGCCAGCGAAGGACAAGCAGAAGGUUGAGCAGCUGCUAAAAGACGGCGGGAUCAGCGCUCUUGUUCCAAUAUGGCGGCCGUGGUGGGAGGAGCAUGAGCGAGACCAUGCAGUGCUGAUUGAGGAACUCCAGCGUGAGGGACGUGCUGAAGAAACAAGCAGCGUGGUGGCAGAAGAGGACCGAGACAUCCAGGGUUUGGACACAACAUCAGAAUCUCCAUCACCACUGAAACAAGGAGUUCAUAAGCAGAAGGUAAAACUGGAGGGAAGCAGAGAGGCUCCUCCUCCAAUCACCUGUGAAAUCCCACCCCUUUCCUCUCUUUGCUCUGCCUCUCCAUCUCCACUGGUGAAGUUCAGCCUGGUGAACGUGCUGUACGGUUACGCAUACAUGCUCCGCCUCUUUAACGGAGACGUAUCAGAGACGCAGCAACUGCUGGAGUUCACUCAGCUCCUUCUGCCCAUAUCGGAGUGUUUAGGACGCAGCCGGACGUUCAGCUCGUUCUCCGAGGCCCUGAGUGCUGCGAUGGCGUCCGUCUCUGCAGAACACUGGGACUCGGACUUGGCACUGAGCGCAGUGGAAGGUGUGGCUCACAUCCUGAGUGGCGCAAGCAAGGACGAGAGGGUGGGGUUCACCCUCUCUGCACUCGCUCAGCUUCGCUCGGUGUUCAGCAGGGCACGCACCGCAGCUCCCAGAGACCACGCCCCCUUCAGGAGGCUGUGUUUCCUGGCAGGGAAGAAAUGCGAGUUCCUGCAGGCGUGGGCCAAAGAGAACACACACACGCUGAGGGUUUUAGCCUCAUGGGCGUGGUCAGAAUGUCAGAGACGGACAGGUGAGAGACAGGCGAUGGAGAGAGACAGGAAGUGGGUGGAGGAGAGCAGGAAAAAAAGAAUACAAGGGAAAGUGAUGAUUGAAGAGAUUUAAUCCAUUUACAAAGUUAAAGAAAUCUUGUUAUAAAAUCAUAGCAAUCGUGUAAUAUGUAUUUAACAACAAUGAUUUAAAAUGAAUCUUGUUUUUCUUUCUCUCUCUCACACCUGUGUUCAUUUUGUCACAGUAAUAAACACAAACUUUUUCA